AUGUCGCCUUUAGAUGAUGCAGAUUUAUGCAUGCAAGAUGUUAGCACUGAUUAUGGUGAAUCAAACCAGGUGCAUUCGAACCUUAACUCCUCUGUUUGCAUGUCCUAUAAAGAUAAGGUCCUUGCAAUUAAAGAUAUAGAUCUAGUUAUAGGCGAUGAUGAAAUCAUUAGAUCUAUUAUGAAGGAAUUUAAUAUUCCUCUACACUCUAAAGAACCGCCAAUGGAAACUGAUAAUAGCAUUAAUCUCUGCCCUGAGCUUAGGAUUCUCCUAGCGGAUUAUGAAUCUUGGUGCAGUCCAUGGAAAUUUACUUUAAUAGUAAAACUUCUAGGCAAAUCAAUUAGUUUUAAUUUUCUAAAACAAAAGCUUAAUAACAUUUGGGGAAAAAAUGGAAAUCUUAAGAUCUUAGACCUUAACAAUGAUUUCUUUCUUGUCAAAUUUGAGAAUGUAGAAGAUUAUAAGUGUGCCCUAUUUGAAGGAUCUUGGCUCAUAAUGGACCACUACCUACUAGUUCAAAGAUGGAGGCCUCCAUUCUGGCCUCAAGAAUAUAAUCUUAAAAAACUUGUUGUCUGGGUGCAUAUACCAGACCUCCCCCUUAAACUAUACAAUGAAAAUUUUUUGUGGCAAGUUAGUACUUGCUCAAGAACAAUGCUAAAAAUUGAUUCCCACGCUUCUCUUCUAACCAGAGGUCAUUUUGCAAGAAUUUGUGUUGAAAUUGAUCUAAAUCAAAAGUUAAUUCCAUCAUUUAAGGUGUUAGGUCAAGUUUUUAGAAUAGAAUAUGAAGGUCUUUACCUCAUCUGUUUCCAUUGUGGCAAAUAUGGUCAUAGGUUAGAGUCAUGUGUGGAGAUGUCUAUCACUCAUAUUGAUAAAAUAAGUCCUAAGUCCAGUUCUAAUUCUCUUGAAUUUGAAAAGAUUGAUGAGUCUAUAAAUCUGGUUUACCCUCAUCGACAAGAUGCUUAA